CUUUGGAGAUUGACUCAAACAAACACAUGUGACCUUGACAGUGUUUACUGAGAAAGUACUGUGGUAACCCCUUCAUUUGUUUCUUCUUCUUCAAUAUCAAUCAAUCCAUGGCUUCUCCGAGGAAGAGCCCACUUAAAGAACCAGGAGAUCGUCAGUCAGCGGCAAUCGUAGUCCAACCGUCGUCCCCGCGUUACCCUCCGAGUGGGACCCCCACCUCGGGGGCCCAGCGCCGAAUCGGGAUCGCCGUCGAUCUCAGCGACGAGAGCGCCUUCGCCGUCAAAUGGGCCGUCCAGAAUUACCUCCGUCCCGGCGAUGCCGUCAUCCUCCUCCACGUCCGCCCCACCAGCGUCCUCUACGGCGCUGACUGGGGCUCCACCGAUGUCUCCAUCCCCGAAGAUCAAGAGUCUCAGCAGAAGCUCGAGGACGAUUUCGACAAUUUCACCGUCACCAAGGCCAAUGACCUCGCCAAGCCUCUGGAAGAGGCUAAGACUCCGUACAAGAUCCACAUAGUGAAGGACCACGACAUGAAGGAGAGGUUGUGCUUGGAGGUCGAGAGGCUCGGCCUCAGCGCCGUCGUUAUGGGCAGCCGGGGCUUCGGCGCUUCGAAGACGACCUCCAAGGCCAGGCUCGGCAGUGUCAGUGACUACUGUGUGCACCACUGCGUCUGUCCUGUCAUCGUUGUAAGGUUCUCCGAUGAAAAGGACGAAAACGACGUCGUAAAGCAAGGUAAAUUUGGCUGUCCGGUCGUGCGUGAGGAAGAGCCGGAGUUCCAUGACGCUUUGGAGAAAGAUUCAGACAAGGCGCGUUGAACAGAUGGGAGGUGGUGAAGAGCUUUCAGAUGAUGUUUAUCAAAUACUCCUGGUUCGUAUGUAAUCAUGUUGUAUGAAAAAGUGUGGCGGUAGUAGUACUGAGUCUGAGUCUGAGUCUUUUCCUUUUGGUUUGUGGCAUUACUGACUGAAUGUCCGAAUCUGCUCGUCUUUUGUUUUAACCACCUAUUCACUGCCUUGCAUCUUUAUGGAGCUCCAGGAUGAUGAAUAAUGCAUGAUUUCUAUCUUAUUCUUCCUUUUUAGUAUUCUGAA